UCUUGUCAACUCUUUAAGGGUUACCGACCGAAUAGCUUUAUGGAAAGAACACAAUAAAUUGGAUAAACCAGAGCCCUUGGCUGUUUUUUACGAUUUUUGUACAAAAUUAAAAGACGAAAAAGACCAAAAAGUGACUGAGGAUGAUUCAAAUAUUUGUUUGGAAGAACCUGAAAAAAUUGUCAAAAGAAUUGGAAAAAAUUUGAAAUUUGGAAAAACAACGUUUGAAGUGAAUAAAAAAGUAAAGGAAGCUUAUAAAAAUUCUCAAAAUACUCGGGAUAUGUUUGAAAAUGAAUUGAAAGAUGCUGAAGCAGCUAAUAUAUUGAUUGGAAUGAGGAAUAAUGGGAAAGCUAUUAGUUUAGUCAAGUCAGAGCCUAUUUCUCUAUGUAAACUAUACAAUGAUAAUGUAGUUCCCAUUUUUCAUCCAGAUUUAUUAAAUAAUAAAUUGCCUGUUUAUGCUGCUUUACAAUUACUUUCUGGUGCGGAUUUAGUUGAAGAAAAAAGUAUUAAAAAUUAUUUAAUUCCAAUUCAAUCAAAAUUUGUUACAAUUGGAAGUGGAUUAACAUUAAAAAAUAAUUGUAUUGAUUUGAGUCUUUUUUCUUCAUGUAGACAAGUACAAAGGCAACGUGUUUUAAUUUUCUUUGACAAGUGUAAAUUAGCGUUUGAAAUGGUGGCUUUAACUCCUUACAACGAACUGCUUAAAAAUUGUGAUAAAAAUAUUUGUUCGUGUUUAAACCAAAAAAUAAAAUUGGAAGAAGAUUUAAAUGAAUCUCAAUAUUUAAUUCCUUCAUAUAAAAAUUCUUCGACUUUGUGGAGUGGAGCAUUAAUAAGAAUUGGAUGUUUAAAAUUUAUUUUUGUUGGACUGGGUGCUUUAUGA